UGCAUCAUAUGGUUUAAGUUGCGCUAAUGGAAAUGCAGUGCAGCAAGAUUUGUUUAUCCGUCUUGAUUGAUUGUGGAUCAAAUUGACAGGAAGCCAACUUUCAGUGCAUAAAGUGGUUUAUAAAUUAAGUUUAUCAUGCGUACAGCAACGUGCUAUCUUCUUGGCAUUUGUGAUAGUGAAGAUGGGGUAUGAUAUAUAAAGAUGCUGACCAACAGAAAGCCUCUCAAUCUCUUUCUCUCCCAAAUCGUGCAACAUGAAGGUGAAUAGACUUCUCCUAUCUUUGGCUUCUUUGGCUUUACUCAGUGGUGUGGCACCGCAAGCCAAUACUCUAUAUCCUCAUGAUAUUCAAGGUGCCGGUUACCUGAGUACACUCGUCGGAAAGACUGUAUCCAACGUACAAGGUGUGAUUACGGCAAAAGACGGAACGAACAGCUGUUUUAUUCAAACUCCAAACGAUCAAGUUGACAACGAUGAUCGUACAUCCGAAGGUUUGUAUGUCUUUCACAGCAAUGCAUGUUCGGAUUUUGCCGUUGGUGAUUUGAUCCAAAUCGGAUCGGCAAAAGUGGCAGAAUAUUCGACCUCUAAAACAAAUCUGCGUUUGACCGAAUUAACCGGUGCAAAUCAGACUACUCUCAUUCGUUCUGGGGCAAACAGUGCUUCUCCAGUGAUCAUCGGAACCAACGGUAGUCGUACUCCGCCUCAAAAAUAUAUCGGCAUUAAGAACCCUUUUGCAUUACCUGCAAAUCAAACAACAUUGGAAGGUGGGGACAGAGCAAAAAGUCUUGAUGUCAAAACGUACGGAGCUGAUUUUUGGGAGAGUCUGGAGAAUACCCUCGUUACUUUGCCUUCCCCUACCGUUUUGGGACCGUUGACAAGUUUUGGUGAGGUUUAUAUCGUUCCCUCAGGUUUGGAUAAUCCUUCGCAAAAUGGCCGUGGAGGAUUGACGUUAGCCGCAGACGAGAAUGCAACUAGCGAUGAUACUCGGUGGGAUAAUAACCCUCAAGCCAUUCAGCUAGUCAAGGCUUUUGACGGUUCAAACGUUGAUGCAAAUAUUCGGUUGGGAGAUGUUUUAGAAGAUGUUACCGGUAUCGUUGGUUAUGAUUUUGGGCUGUAUACAAUCACACCUCUAACCGCUCCCAAAGUUGGACAACGUAAAUCUGGCGAUGCAAUUCCUGCUCCUUUCAAGACGACUGGAAAGUGUGAUAACUUUAUUGCAGCAACUUUCAAUGUUGAAAAUUUGUCACCUGCAAAUUCAUCUAGAAUCACAAAGAUUGGCGGCUACAUUGAUUCGCAUCUAAAGGACCCCGACGUUGUCGUCCUCAACGAGAUCCAAGAUGAUGAUGGACCAACGGAUGAUGGCGUGGUGAAUGCAAACAAGACCUUGGAUGCCGUCGUUGCAGCUAUUAAAGGCGCUUCAUACAGCUAUGCAUACAUUGACCCAGCUAACAAAAAAGAUGGAGGAGAACCAGGCGGUAACAUCCGUCAAGCUUUCAUCUACCGUAAAGACACUUUGAAGCUAUCACCAGCACCUGUCGGCGGAACAAAUGAUGCCGUAGAUGUCAAAUCCGUCAACGGAAAGGCAAAGCUGACUUUGAAUCCCGGUAGAAUCGAUCCAAACAACACCGCAUGGAGGAAUAGCCGAAAGCCGCUGGUGGGUCAGUUUGACCUGCAAGAUGGAAGUGGACAAAGUGUGAUUGUGAUCGGUGUCCAUUUGACCUCAAAAGGAGGUAGCGGAACGAAUUACCAGAACCCUCAGGCUCCCAUCAACGGAGGUGUAGAUUCGAGAAAUGCUCAAGCACAAGUCUUGCGUAAUUUUGUGCAAAAGAUCCUACAAGUUCAAAGUGAUGCAAAGGUGAUCCUCACGGGAGAUUUGAAUGAGUUCUCCUAUGUUCAACCGUUAAACACUCUUACAGGCGGAUCUCCGUCCGUUUUGAAAGAAGUGAUCAUCAGCAAACGUGUCGAACGCUACUCUUACAUUUUCCAACAGAAUUGUCAAGAAUUGGUGAGUAAAUGCAAGUAUGUCAUUAUCCAUUUGAAGCGUUGACUGAUCUUUUCUCUUUUGUUCCCUCAGGACCAUUUGUUUGUUAGCCCUUCUAUCGCACAAGCUGGUGCUUCUUUAUUUGUUCCACACGUGAACACAUGGGCAGCUGCAGCCGAUCAAGUUUCCGAUCAUGAUCCUGUAGUGAGCAAGUUGAAUGUGUGCUGAAUGGGCGGUCAGCUGAUAUAGCCAGUGAUUCCAUAGAUAGUACCCUCAUAGCCAUUGUACUUCAUUCACG